AUGCCUCUACAACCGGGCGAGGAGCGUCUCGUAACUGUCUUCGCCGACAUCCAUUACUAUUUCACUGCUCCCACUCCGAAGCCCCUUCACCACCGAUUUGAUAAAGGGUCUUAUCUAUACGUAUAUCACGAUGCGUCCCAGAAUAAGGCCCGGGUCGAGAUUGCCAACAACCCUGGAACGCCAGCCCAGGAUGCAUUUUACGGGGUCUUGAAUAACGCACAUAUACGACACUCGACCCGCUUCCCAACUCACUGCACUCUGACCGUGGAUGGAACCGCUGGGUCGGCCCAUCAGCAGGUCUCUCAGUAUGACUGGCGAUUACCAAAUGCAAACCCGCGCAGUGGCCACCAUGAGCUGCAUCGGUUACAUACACUUGAUAUAUAUUUCUGGACAUUGGAUGAUGCCAACGACUUCUUGGACACGGUCGGCCGUGUGCUGCCGGUCUCUCAGCUUGAGACUGAUCGGCCGAAUCCUCAACUAGACCAGCCUCUGAGCUCAGUCGUUCAGCAACUUGAGAACGUCGCUGUGUCCGACCCGGCCUACCAGAAUGGACAAACUCCCAACUCCCGAUCGAAUCCCCCUGCAGUGACAGCUCCAGCUACACAGGACCAUGAGCUUCCCCCUCCACCUCCGAGCGGACCAGCAGCCGACCAGCAAUCCGUCAAUUCUGGAUCUCAGGCCCCUGCGGAGGAAAAGCGAGAUUCAGCCAGCUUCGCGCCAUUGCCAUACAACCCAGCAGCUCCCGCAGCCCCAGAACCAAUCAAGCACCGCGAGAAGACUCCUCCUCCAGCAGAUGGCACCGAGGGAACUGGCCUCGCAGCCGCCCUAGCAGCCGACCAAGGUAUCCCAUAUACGCCUCCACAGCAAAUGGGCAGUAACCCGGGACUCAGCUCAUUUGCACCUCCACCAACUUAUGCCCAGGGCGUGCCUGCCACCGUGCCAACGGGUUAUGUCUCGCCGCCACCAAGCGCCGGGCUUGCCCACACAAACUCAUUCCCCCUUCAACCAAGCGUCCAGAGCCCUGGAGCCGUUCCCAGCUACUCGCAAUCUUUACACUCGGGUCAGUCCUGGCCGAGUACCCCUGGUCAGGCUGCAAUGACCUUUGCACCCCCACCACAAGAUCCAAAUGCACACCUCUACGCCCAGCAAGUAUACGGAACCCCUCAGUCUCCGCCCCAACAACCCGGACAGGAUGUUCCGAUUGGCGGGUACUCGAAUUAUUCUUAUGCGCAGGCGCAAGUGCAGCCGGCGGUCUCCUCUGAAUAUGAUAUCCACAGCCAGUUGUAUCGGCCGACGGAGGCGGAGGCCGGUGGGCAUGGACAAAAGUAUGCACAGAAGGCGAUGAAGGCUCCUGGACAACGGCCGAGGAAGUUAGAAGAUAAUGCGAUGAAGUUGGAGAGUGGGAUGAAUCGGUUCUUGAAGAAAUUGGAGAAGAAGCUGUGA